UCAUAAAUGACAUAAACUUAAACAUUCUAAUUCUGUUAUGAGUAGUAUUAGAUCUAGAUCUAUCUAACAGAUACAAUAAUGAGUGAUUCAAUUAGAAAGAAGUUCCAGUCACUUGGUCCACCAAGUGAUUGUAAAUUAUUUCUGUCAAAUCUAAAGAAGAUUCUUGAAGAGGUUAUUGCUUUAGAUGACAUAAAUAUAAAGAAAAAUUGUCUUCAUAAAUUAGUUGAACUUUAUUUGGAAUGUCCUUCAAAAUUCCCUGUCAAGCGCCUUAUGGCCAGUUUUUUCCAAAACCUUGUUGGGGAAUUCAGUGACUAUGUCGAAGUUACACUUUGUGAAGAGCUGAUUAGACAUUUUAGUCUUCCGACAUUUCACUGUGACUCAUUGCAGAGAGUCAGACAUUUAGUAGAUACUGUUGGAUCUCUGCUUGAAAACUUUAAAAUGGGAGAAAAGUGUAUUAAUUUAAUAUCUAUGCAAGUCCUGAAGUAUUUGGUACAGGCAGAGACUUUCUUUCUGUCCCAAAUCCAAAGUGACAUGGCCAUAGUUCUAUUGCACCAAACAAUGCAACACUGUCAUGUGACCAUACAGACCAUCAAUCUAGUCCUGCAGAAGACAGUCUCACUCAUUGCCAAACAGCUUCUGGAGGAGCCAAGUUUGAUGAGUUCGAUGCUAGAUUUUGACCUGCAAAUCUUAAACAAUGAGACAUUUCUCUUGGACUGUAGAUGUUGUUGUUCAAUGAAUGCUGUUCUCUUGCUGCAGCUAGCAGUGCCAUCUGGUUUAUCCUCCAAUGAGCAAAUUGCUUCCCUUUUGUUCCCUAAAGCUUUUGGAGAACUUGUACCAGCAAAGAUAAGCUGGGUGACUGAGUCUCAGGCUGCAUCACUCAACAUGGACAACCUAUCUAUUUUAUCUUAUCUGGCUAUGUCUUUUGGCUACAUUGCCAUGGUAUCAGAAACGGCCAUCAGAACAAAUAUGUCAGAUGGGCAUAACUUUUAUUUAGAUUGUCUUUUGCCCAAUUUGCUUGAACAUGGGAAGAGAUGUAAUGACACUGCCAGCAAAUCUCUCUUUGGCAAAACUAUUAGUCUCUGGAGCUCAAGGCUUCACAUGUGCCUUGGUGACAGUCUUUGUGAGACUUUGGUGAAUACAUUGAGUAAUGAGACCAGGAUCUUGGAGAGUUUACUGGACUAUGUUUGGACACACUGGGAGGAUCAACUGGAUGUGAUCAGACAAAGUGCCAAGUCUGUGUUUGAAAAUGUUUUGAAGAUUCACAUCAAGAUUGCACACAGUGAUGCAGAGCCAGACCUAUUUAUUGCCACCAUCAUGGAACAUUUGUUCUCUGUCAGCUGGACUUGCAAGGGGAAAUUUAGUGCAUUGACCACUUGUGUACGUUUGCUUGGUGCCAGGCAGGUGUUGUCCCUUAGAUCAAAGCUGCCCUCAGAGAUUGUGGAUCAGUUAGAGGAGCAAGCACUGGCUUGUUAUUCAUCUGAGCUAUACUCCACAUUGUUCAUAACACAUCAUCAAGAACUGAAGUCAGUUGGAGAGACUGGCUCCUGGGAGGAAGGUUUCUUUUUCACCUGGUUGGAGCCAGUGGUCAAAGCUUUAUGCUCCAACAAUUCAAAGUUAAAACAAAACCUCAUUGAGUAUUUGUUAGUGAAACUGAUGAAACAAGGGGAUGAAGUUUUACAGUAUUUGAUUACAAGGUUGUCUGCAGUCAGAGACAGAGCUAGUUGUGGAGCUGUCAUCAUGUGUUUAAGAAAGGCCAGAACUUUAGGAUUGUUCAAAGCAAAACAAGAGUCUAUAGAGAAACAACCUUUAUGGUAUGGGUAUCUUCACCCUGAUGUUUUGAAGUCUGCUUUGUGUAGUUUUGACCAGCAGGUUCGUCUUGAUGCCUUUGGUUUGCUGUGUGAGAAUCACAAAACUACAGAACCAGUCAGCCACUUUGAAUUUACAAUGCUGAAGUUUUUCAUUCCUUGCAACUUGAACAAUCAGUCGCCAGCAUUUAGACAAUCAUUUUUGUCUUUGUCCAAGAAGUUUUUCAGCAGAUCAAAAGAAUCACUGGCUACCAUGAGAAAACACUUAAGUAAAAACCAGAAACAUGCAGAUUUUGAUGAAACAAUCCAAAAUUAUCAGAAAUUCUAUACAUGGCUGACCAACUACCUGUUGUCUUCACUGUAUCCUGGAUCAGCCUUUGCCAGGCGGACCACAAGUCUGGCCAUGUUGUCUUUACUCACAAAUAUAUUUGGCUCAGAUUGUGUUGAGUUCUCAGUCACACGUUUGUUGAGCCAUCAACACAUUCAGGUGCUACUGGAAUGUAUCUCAGACACUUUUGAGGAGAAUAAGAAAGAGGCUUUUAACAUUUUAUCUGUGUACAUGCAGCAAGCUGGACCACUCUGGAAUCAAAACCAACUGAAUCAUAUUUUUGAGAUAUCAAUGAUGUUAGCUUGCAGCACAAGACCUCAGGAUUGUGAAACAGCAGUCUACAACUUUUUGUUGAUUCUAAAGCAGCAAGAGUUACAUGCUGAUAUCUUUACAUUGCCAGAAACAUUGUCAAAUGGAGCUCCUAUCAGAAACACUGGGCUCAAACAUCCAGUUCUGAAUCUGCUGAAUGUUCUGUUGGAUCUGUUGGAUGAUGAGAUCUGUGUAGCCAAUCAAAGUUUGAUCACUGCCGCAGCAACCAGGCCAAUGUACCCUACACUGUUGUGUAUUAGAUACAUCAUGCCAGAGCUCAACUACCAACUUUUGGAGUCAGAAUACAUUCCUUUUGCAAAGAACUUUAUUCUUCAUCUCAUACAAAGUUGCCAGAACUUGGCUAAGAUUGUUUCCCCUGUUGUGCAGAAUUCAUCACCAGAGGGCAAUAUGCCUGAGAAUGUCUUGAACAGUUCAACAUUAGACAUGUCAGAUUUGUUCAACAUUGAGAGCAUUGGGCCAGUUUUAUCUGAGUCAACUGUAAAAGAGAGCCAGAUCCUUGUUGAAUCCAUGCCAGAAUAUCUGGUGGUCUGCUGUUGGCGUAGCAUCAAAGAGGUCUCUCUGACCCUUGGAAAACUGUGCCUCCAGGUUCCAGUCAACUUGAUUACUGAACAUGAAACAUUGUCACUUUUAACAUUUGAUCAGGUAAAGAUGAUUGGAGAUUACUUCAGUGAGCAGCUUUUAGAGUCCAUUCACCGUGGAGCUUUUGAACUGGCUUAUGCUGGCUUCCAGUUAAUGUGUCAGAUGUUAUGGAGUCAUCCCUUGGCUUCCUUUAAUCAUCUUCCCAUCCAGUGGCUAACACAAGUGAUGCUGGACAUCAAGUCAGAGGAUUCUGGAUCAAAAUUUUGUAUUACAAGACGCAGUGCAGGCAUUCCAUUUUUUAUUCAGGCCAUAACAUCAACAGAGCCAGUGACUGCUGGGAGGAAGUGUUUCCAUCAAGUAAUGAAUGAUCUUUUAGCUCUGGCUGUUAUUGAGGAGGGGGAAGAGAAGCAGACAAAGUACCAGGACUCACAGAUUCAUGCUGUGAACAUACUGGGAGCACUCUACAGAGAUGCCAGACUGGGGGAAGAUGUUUUGCCCUAUGUUGCUGAUGGAUUGAAGGCUUCAGUUCUUGGUUUCAAGUCAGAGCUUUGGGCAAUUAGAAACUCUGCCACAUUGUUAUUAAGUUCUUUGAUGACCAGAAUAUUUGGCGUUAAGAGAAGUAAAGAUGAAACAGACAUAUCCAAAAAAAAUUGUCAGUCUGGUCGAACUUUCUUUCAUCAAUAUCCAAGUCUGUACACAUUUCUCUUGUCUGAGCUGAAGGCAGCCACAGAUAACAUACACUCCAGUGAUAAACUUCAACUCCAUCCCAGUCUUUAUCCUGUGCUGCUAGUGUUGGGUCGCCUCUAUCCAUCCACUAUAGACAACCCAGACACCAAUAUGAGUCUAAGUGCUUUCAUACCUUUUGUUAUCAAAUGUGCCUCCAGUCCUGUUUACAAAACAAGAAUCAUAGCAUCUCUAGCUCUUCUCCCAUUGGUUAGAAGAAAUGAGGUGAUUUCUAUCAGCCAGACUUUAUUGGCUAACAUUCCAGAGUCUUAUAAUCAGCACAUUUCCAACAGCUUAAUUCAUGGCUCUUUGUUACAGUUGUGCCAGAUAAUGACGUUGCUACCAAGUCUAGACUCAGCUACUAAGGAAGACUACCUUAAUUUUAUGCUAUCAAACCUGAGCAACAGAACAUGGCUAAUUUCUAGUCAGAAUUCUUGUUGGGCUACCUGGCAACUGAUGCUCAAUGUAAUUGACUGUGUUCUAGAAAUGACUGACAGUAAAAGGUUUCAAAUGGAUAAAACUUCCAAAUUAUGGUCAGAUUUUGUGGCAUGUCUUUGCCAAGGUGAUAAAGAUUCUAGUUGUAUAUGGAAACCUAUGUACAUAUCAGUACAGCAAACAAUGGCAAAACUGUGUUUCAAAUAUUUAGGUCAGAUCUUCACCUACAGUAAAGAAAAUGUUGAGCCUCUUGACAAUGAGUCUUUACAGGAUUGUAAGGGAUUGAUGCUUAAAUUCUUGCAUUUUCCAUUCUAUGAAGUGCGACUGUGUGUCUUAGAUGCAUUAUUGUCAGCACUAGAUGAUGACUUCUUGCUGCUGAUUGAUGAUGAAGUGUCUGGUGCUGAGGCUAUUUGCACUAAAGUGACUAGUAUUUGUGAAAGUUCUACUUUACAUACAGAGAGCAGUGUCUGGUCAAACAAAAUGGUAAUAGUUUCUGUCGCUGGUGAGUUGUACAAUGACUUGAUGGAGAUUGGCCUAAACAGAGAAAACUAUCAUCUUUGUUUAGAAAAGGUUUAUUCUGUGCUAGCAUCUGUUCCCCAUUGUGCUGAAAAGUUGAUGAAUCAAAAUAUAGAUCAGAACAUUCAGUUAUUUGGUCAGUUACUUGAACAAAUGGACAGAGAGAGAAGACUGGAAGUGAAGGCAGCCAUCUUCAAGUUUUCUGCCCAGCUUGUGCCUGUCUUGUAUGACAAGCUGAAGAAACAUUCUGAAGUUUCCAAAGAGAUUUCACAUCUUUUGAUGGAAUGGACACAGAGGGUCAAGUCUUACUGUAAAAUUGAUGACAGUCCAGUGUUGCAAGUCAGCUGCUGUCAUGCCCUGAUGAACAAUGUCAGGACCAUCUUACUGGACUCAGAAGAUAAACUUGGCUCCAUGAUCUACAAUGCCUGGGACAGUUUAGCGUGUCUGCUACAAGAAGAUGACCUGGAUGUCAAAGAUAUUGCAGCUUCAAUCUUGUGUGCUGUUUGUAAACUUCCUUCAGGCGAAUUCCAUCCCAGUUAUGCCUUAGCUUGUCUCCCAAGUGUACUUCUGAAUGUGCAUGGAAAGAGAGAUUUAAAUAAAACCCUGAUAUGUCUGAUUGGUUGGAUAAUGGAAGAUUCCACUGUAGAUGUAAAGGAAUCCAGUGAAAGGCUUUUUGAUAAGGGUGAAAUGAACACUUACCUAGAUACAGUGAAUUUUACAAGAUUCAUAACUACUGCUAUCAGGUCAGUCUUUGGUGAUGACCUUGAGGACAACCACUUACUUUUUUACUGUCAUUCAGAGACAGCAAUCAAAUGGGUUGCUGACCCUAGGCCUAGAUUGGAUGAGUGCUUGAAAGAUGCAGCUCUAUCCACUCAUAUCCUCCACAACUUGGACAUUCUUAGACAGGGGCUGGAGUGUUUGCUGGUCAACUGUUUACAAAGUGAUCAGUAUCUGAAUGUAGGUCGAUACCUGUCUCUAUGCACCAUGGUGUUUAAAGCCAAAACACUCCUACAAAUCCUGUCCAGCUUAGAAGACAAACAUCCUUUAGACUAUCAGAUCCUAGAACUGAAGAAUCACCUUACUGAUGUAGUCGUCAAAUUUGAUCUCAAGAAUAUGUUGGCUGCUGCCUGAGUCUUUCAGAUUCAUAAUUUUAAAAUUUUUAAAUCAAUAAAGCAAAAAAAACAACAAA